AAAUUCAAAGACGAUCUGGAUGAGGCUCGAAAUGAAGCUGAAAAAGAGAUUCAAAAGUGGAAAACCGAUGCGUACUCGGUUCGAUCCGAAAUGAAGGCCAUCGAGGCCAGUAACUCGGCAAUGAAAACCCAACUUGCGGCCGCUAACGACCGUUGCGAUUCGCUCAACAAAACAGUUAACGAUCAGAAUGCCAAAAUUCGAGAAUUCAACAACCAGAUUCGUCACCUCGAAGAAGAGCUAUCCGAUGCCAAGUCACUGCUCUCCUCAAGAGAUGCCGACCUACAGAGCGCUACCAAUCGUAUGCAUUCACUUGAGGAACAAUUCGCUGCCUUACAAUUGGAACACAGUAAAACUCGAACUGAAUUCGAUACUAUGCAACGUGAGAAUGAAACGCUCAAGGGAGUGAAUACAUCACAAGAAGGUGAAAUCGAACGUCUCAAGAAAAAAUUAGCACAAGCCGAACUAACGCUCAAAGAACAGAAGAAUGCACUUGAUCAUAUGCGUUCUGAGGUAACUAAUUAA